AACGUAAGAAUUAAAGGAAUACAGACACGCGAAACAACUUUUCUAUGGAGGAACUUCAAAGAAAGUUAAGCCAAAGAUAUGAAGACAAACCCCGGAAAGUGAGAUUUAAAAUCUCAUCUGCAUACAGUGGCCGGGUAUUGAAACAGGUCUUUGAGGAUGGUCAUCAGUUGGAGUCUCCAGACGAAGAGUAUCCGCAUAGUUUUCUACAUGAUAGUUUUGAGACCUCUGAACAGUACUUCAGCCCAGGAGAGGCUCAUCCACAGUUCUACCCAACAGCUCGUCUCACAGCCCAGAGAAUAAGUGUCUUCAGAGAUGGCACCUCUUACAGAAUAGCUGGUGAGCAGCUCUUCCCAGACUGCCGUGGAACAGAGAAGAGUACAUCUGAUGUAAUAGACUUUGGUAAAAUCAUAAUCUACACCAGUAAUCUGAAAAUUAUAAGGACUCCAGUUAUCAAAAAGGAAGUUUCAGAAAAUCCAAAUUGGUCACCAAGAGAAGGACGACGAGCAGACGAUUUAUGUUAUACACCGAUAGACUACGAGAGUCGUCGGGUUCAACAUCAAAAUACCCAGGAAGAAGAUGAAAUUCACCAGUGCUCGAAGUGCAAAGGCUUGAGAUGCGCACCCUGUUCUUCAUGUCACGGGAGCAAGUUUACCAUGUUAGCCAACCGCUUUAAAGAGUCUUACCGUGCUUUGCGUUGUCCUGCUUGUGACGAGAAUGGCCUGCAGCCUUGCCAGAUGUGUUGUGAUGAGUCGGAAGGCUAUAGCCAACCAAUAUCUCCCCGUCCAUAAACAGCAGAAUUGGCCUCUUUAUGUGUUAUUGUGUUAUUAAAUAAGAGUGUCAAAAUUCAGCAUUUUGUGCAAUUCUGCUAUUGAGAAUAUGAGUAACAUACUUUCUCAUUUCAACUGUACAUCCAAUAAAUCAGCCUGCACAUCAACUACUGUCCAUUUUACAGUAUAGAAGGCUGUAUAAAUACUAGACAAAUAAAACAGUA